GAGACAAAGGUAAUUGAAGGAGUAAUAUUUGGCCUCCUCUGGUCAAAUAGCUUCCUAUUAUUAUUGAUUUUUCUUGAACUACAGAGAAAUGAGUGAAGUAAAGGUUGUUUGUGUAACUGGUGGAUCUGGUUAUAUAGCUUCAUGGCUAAUCAAAUUCUUGCUUCAAAGUGGCUACUCCGUUAAUGCCACCGUUCGUGAUCCAAAUGAUCAAGAAAAAACUGCACACUUACUUGGACUUGAUGGAGCCAAUGAAAGACUUCAUUUGUUCAAAGCGGAUUUAAUGGAAGAAGGGUCUUUUGAUGCUGCAGUUCAUGGCUGUGAAGGUGUUUUUCAUACAGCUUCGCCCGUCUUCUUUUCGGCCAUUGAUCCGCAGACAGAGUUAAUUGAUCCUGCAGUAAGGGGAACACUUAAUGUUCUUAAGUCUUGCGCAAAAGUUCAUACUAUUCGGAGAGUGAUUCUAACAUCCUCCUUUGCAACUGUUCCAUACAAUGGCAAACCUAUCCCUCCUGAUGCAGUAUUAGAUGAGACUUGGUUUCCAGACCCAGUUGCUUGCAAGGAACAAAAGCUUUGGUAUCAACUUGGAAAAACCUUGGCAGAGCAGACUGCUUGGAAAUUCGCAGAAGACAACAGAAUUGAUUUGGUUACAGUAAAUCCCGGGAUUGUUCUUGGUCCUCUUCUGCAUUCAACUUGUAGUCACUCGGUGGAGAUACUCCUGAACCUCAUAAACGGAGCGAAAGAGUAUCCCGAUGCAUAUUAUAAAUCGGUGGAUGUAAGAGAUGUGGCUAAUGCACAUAUUAAAGCUUUUGAGAAUUCUUCAGCUAGUGGGAGAUAUUGUUUAGUUGAAAGAGACAGUCACUUCUCUGAGGUUCUAAAGAUUGUUCAUCAACAUUACCCUUCCUGGGACCUCCCUCAAAAGUGCAUCCCUGGAAUGAGUUUUCUGGUGAAGUAUGGAGUGUCCAAGGAAAAAGCAAAAUCCUUAGGCAUCGAUUUUAUUCCUUUAGAUGUGAGUCUGAAGGAUACUAUUGAAAGCUUGAAGGUGAUAGGAUUUAUAACAAUUUGAUGCAGCUUGCUUCUCAAUAUGCAAAUGAUCCAUUAAUUUGGCUUUUUUUAGGGAACUAUAUGGUUGGUCAUGAAAUAUUAGAAAACAAACCAAGCCACUGUAAUCAAUAAAUUGUUAGAAUCUAUCAAUAAUCCAAUAUUCAUAUGCUGCAGUCUA